UAAAAGGCCGCAUCAAAAUGCUGCGAAGCAUACGGCAAAUAGUACGAAUAAGGACCUUUUUAACUCCUCCAGUUUUUAAUUUAAUCAACACAUCAGCAACGGCGGCACUGAGAGUGUGCAACCAAGCAUCAUUGCACACAAGUUCAGUUUCAUAUAAAUAUGACAAAAAAUCAUCUCGAAAGUCGAACGACAUUGAUUCGGACGAUGAGGCAGAUGAUGAAUUUAAGGAUGAACGUGAUUCAAAAGUGGUUAAAACCAAAGUAAACUCACUGCGUGCGGAUUUACUACUAAAAUCCGGACUAGGCAUGGCCAGAAAUAAAGUUGAAAUGAAUUUCUAUGAGAGCAAAAUCCGUGUAAAUGGAAAGAAAUUGGCGAAAAAGAGUGAACAGCUCGACGUUGGCGAUGAGAUUGAUGUCAUACGCGGCUUCAGUCAGGCAAAUCCCUCACAUUUGGUUAUCGCACGUGUUGUUAUACUCUCCGCCGGAGAGCGUGAUGACGGACUCAGUGUGAAUUUGCGUCGUUACAAGUCGAUGUUGAUAGAAAACUACAGUGGCCCCAAUGCCUACAAAUCCUCGGAACCCGUCCAACACUAAGCCACAAAAACGAAGGAAUAUAUUCAAUGAAAAUCUAUUUUAUUUCGGCAUGCCCUAAUAUUUACAUAUGUGUA